AUGCUGACUUCAUUCGCUCCGCUCGUCGCCAUGGCGCUGCUUGCGACGGCAGCUGUGCCGAAUGGCAAGGACCCCAUCUCGGUGUUUUCGACGGCGCCUGGUCAACCCGUGACGUUCUACUCCAUUGGUGAUUUUGGUAGGACGAAAGACUUGGGUUCGUGCUGCUUUGGACAGUAUGACAACCUCGACGUCCACGCUCAGCGAAUCGUUGGGGAGUUGAUGAACAUCAAAGCUGGACAAGGCCCGUCACCUGCAGCGAUCAUUGGCCUGGGCGACAACAUGUACUGGAACGGCGUAAUCAGCCCACAGACCCGUGACGAGCAAUUCUCGCACGCGUUUGAGGUGCCGUACGGCGGCGCGAACCUCAAAAACACUCCCAUGUUCGCGUUGAUGGGCAACCAUGACUAUGGCGGAGGCGCCUUCAUCUGCGCGGGCUCCACGGAGAGUGCCCAGUGCAACAGCACCGCCGAACUACUUCAGGGUCUCGAGAACAAGUUGCGGUGGAUGGGCGACUACAAGAGUCUGAGCAACAACCGCUGGUCGGUGGACGAGCACUUUUACAUCCGCCGCUACGAGGACGCUGCCUCGGGAGUCAGUGUCGAGGUCUACAAUCUCGACAUGAACGACGCAUCUGUGGCCGGUUCCCAUGGAAUCUGCUGUCAGUGCUACGGCUACGCCCGAGGUGAUGACGGUGGAUGCAACAGUAUCCAACGUGGAGACAAGUACUGCUGCGGGGGAGACACUGCCAUGUACGACGCGUGCAUGGCGAGGUUCGUCGAGUGGUCGGAUGAUUCGCGCAGGCAGAUGGUCGCGUACGCUUCCAAGUCGACCGCCACGUGGAAGAUCGCCGCUUCCCACUACAGUGCGAUCCAGCACUUUAACCAGGAGGACAUGAAUAAGUGGCUGAAAGCUCUUGGGGAGGCUGGUAUCCUUGUGCAACUGUAUGGACACACGCACGGCUUGAAGUUCGAACUCGUCACGACGAUCAACACGUACUUUGUGGAGAAUGGCAUCGGUGGUGGGGCCAAGAAGGAGUGGGCGAGUACGACCCCGGACUAUGCCAAGUCGUUCGUCGAGCACUUGUAUAAUGCCCAGCCGACCGAGUACGGGUUCAUAUCGAUCGAGGCGACCACGGACUCGUUGAAGCUGCAAUACCACACGCACGACGACAAGUGGGUCCUCGCUGACCGGUACGAAGAUGUUACGAUUGGUGGAGUGGCGACAAAGUACUGCCUGCAUAUCCCGAAGAAUGGCUCCCACGGCGUGCCGUGCUGA